AACUGACAUUUCAAUUACAAAAAAAAAAGUAAUUUUUCUUAAAUAUGUCAACCAUCAAUUAUCAUCAGAAUAGUUGAGAAUGCAUGUCUGGCAAUUUUCUUAUUGUCAAUCACCUAUAAAUACUUAAAUCCAAAUGCACGAAAUGACAUUUCCUGUUCAAAUAUUUAGUUCAGAGAAGUGGUUAAGGGGUCGAUUUCAAUAAUUUUGUUUUUCAAUUACGCAUUUGUGUUUUAUAAAUUGCAUUGGAAAGACUUUUUUUUUGUCAUUAAACAUGAUCGAAGAGGAAUCCAAGUUGAUCAUUUCUAGAGCAAGUGUGUCCACUGAUUAUAAUUCAGAUGAUGAUUCUUACCCGACUUUAAUAAUGAAUAAACAUUCUAGCAGUUUUAACGAAGAACACCGAAUAAACAAUGAACUUUUUAACGACAAACCAAGUCAUUCCUACAUAAGUUUGAUAGCUAACGCCAUUUUAGCUUCACCCGACAAACGCUUAGUAUUAAGUGACAUUUAUAAAUAUGUUCUUGAGCGUUACGAUUACUUUAAAAAAAAAGGCUCUGGUUGGAGAAACAGUAUUCGACAUAACCUGAGUUUAAAUGAUUGUUUUAUAAAGGCAGGCCGAAGCCCAAAUGGAAAAGGACAUUACUGGGCUAUAAACACAGCAAACUACGAAGAUUUUGCUAGAGGGGACUUUAGAAGGCGUCGCGUUCAGAGAAGAGUGCGUCGGGGUGUGUCGUCACCCACAUAUCCUCCGUACGCGAUUAACUAUUACCCAUUUCAGCUUCAUUAUCCACAGAAUAAAGGAUUUACUGAUAACUCUGGAUACAUCUUGGAAAAAGACAUUUUAUGCUCAAUCGAAAAAUAUUCAUUUGAAAAAAAGGAAGAGCCUAGGGAAUUUUUCCCUCGGGAAUUGGCUGAAGCAAAAAGUCAAACCUCUAGUGCUAAAACUAGUCAUUCUGUAAAAUCAAAUCGACCAUUUGACAUUGAAAACCUAUUGAAAGACGAUAAAAUUACAAAGCGUAAAUAUAGCAUCGAACCAUCGAGAAUUUAUUUUGAACGCCCCUAUGACUAUAUUUUCCAUAAAAUAGAAAACCGUUAAACAAAAUUUUCCAUUAAGUUUUUUUUUAAAAUAGCUUGUAUAUAAAGUUAAUUGUGUAAAUAAAUCUUUUAUGUCAUUUAACAUUUAUCAAACGACAAA